AUGCUUCAUGGCCAUGUUAUGCUGUCCCCAGAGUUUGCAAUUGGGGCAAACACCAAAGGCGGUGGGACAAUUGACUUCUUUAUUGAACAGAAGAAAUGGGGACUUGAACUUCUAAGGGGUCGUGAUCGCCUGGUGGAACAUAUGGACCGGUUUGAACCUGAAGGGCAGUACUACAGCAUGAUAAAAUCCAGGGAAAUGGAAGAGUACAUCGUCUUGGAUUUCACGGUUUCACGACCGGUGAAAACCCGUCCAGAAUAUGCGCACCGCCUCUACUACAUUGUUUUCUCUGAACGGUACCGGCACGUUGAUGUUCUUGAAGCAGGCAAUCUCAGCACUGUGAGCUCCUUUACUUUGCCAGAGAACCCUGACUGUCACGGUGCUAGUCCGUGA